CGGAAGCAGCCACGGGCGGAAGCCCUACCGUGCCAACUGGGCCCUCCUCCCGACCUGCCCCGGGCUCUUGCCCCGCCCACCCGAAAGUGGGUGAAAGGUCGGCGGCGCCGGCGCUGCAGCUAGGGCUGAGAAGCCAGGACGGCCCGAGAACUGACAGACUGAGUGACAGACGGACUGACCAUGGCCGACCAACCGAAACCCAUCAGCCCGCUCAAGAACCUGCUGGCCGGCGGCUUUGGCGGCGUGUGCCUGGUGUUCGUGGGUCACCCUCUGGACACGGUCAAGGUCCGACUGCAGACACAGCCACCGAGUUUGCCUGGACAGCCUCCUAUGUACUCUGGGACCUUUGACUGUUUCCGGAAGACUCUUUUUAGAGAGGGCAUCACGGGGCUAUAUCGGGGAAUGGCUGCCCCUAUCAUCGGGGUCACUCCCAUGUUUGCUGUGUGCUUCUUUGGGUUUGGUUUGGGGAAGAAACUACAACAGAAACACCCAGAAGAUGUGCUCAGCUAUCCCCAGCUUUUUGCAGCUGGGAUGUUAUCUGGCGUAUUCACCACAGGAAUCAUGACUCCUGGGGAACGGAUCAAGUGCUUAUUACAGAUUCAGGCUUCUUCAGGAGAAAGCAAGUACACUGGUACCUUGGACUGUGCAAAGAAGCUGUACCAGGAGUUUGGGAUCCGAGGCAUCUACAAAGGGACUGUGCUUACCCUUAUGCGAGAUGUCCCAGCUAGUGGAAUGUAUUUCAUGACAUAUGAAUGGCUGAAAAAUAUCUUCACUCCGGAGGGAAAGAGGGUCAGUGAGCUCAGUGCCCCUCGGAUCUUGGUGGCUGGGGGCAUUGCAGGGAUCUUCAACUGGGCUGUGGCAAUCCCCCCAGAUGUGCUCAAGUCUCGAUUCCAGACUGCACCUCCUGGGAAAUAUCCUAAUGGUUUCAGAGAUGUGCUGAGGGAGCUGAUCCGGGAUGAAGGAGUCACAUCCUUGUACAAAGGGUUCAAUGCAGUGAUGAUCCGAGCCUUCCCAGCCAAUGCGGCCUGUUUCCUUGGCUUUGAAGUUGCCAUGAAGUUCCUUAAUUGGGCCACCCCCAACUUGUGAGGCUGAAGGCUGCUCAAGGCUUCUGGAUGCUGGAAGCUCUCACUGAGGAGAAGGAGUAGUGGGCAGAACUAAGCAGUCUUGGAGGGCAAGGGGAGGGGAAUGGUGGGAUCAGAGCCCUGUGCAUGGACUUGAUGAGACCGUUGCCUUAAUGACAUCCUGCAUCUUGUAUAACUUAGUGUGUCAUUUUGAAACUUGAAUGCAUUCUUAUCAAUUUAAGGGAUCUUAAAAGGACUUGGAAAUGGAACAAGUAGCUUCUAGACCAGAUACUACCUGUGGCAAGAAUGCUGCCUACCAGUUGACUGCUGGUCCUACCACAGUCAAAGUAUUCCUCAUUAAAGAGAGAAUCUCAGGUUCUCACUGGAGGCACUGUGCGUAUUUUCAACCAGAUCACCAGGAGCUGAGAUCUUCUUCAGUCCCUAGCCAGGAAUACCCAUUGGAUUUCCAGGGUGCCAUCUAAUCCUGGGCUGUACAUGUGGAUAUGGACUUGAGGCCCACCUCUGUGUCCAAGUGGAUUGGGCAUAUAUGCCUAGGAGGAGAUAGACUGUUAAUUGUUGGAUUUUGAUUUUUUUUUUUAUGCGUGCAAGUAAUCAAAAGUAAAACUGGAGUAGCCUAAUUUUCUGGCAGCAGGUGGAGAACUUUCCCUCCUACACAGUGAGGACAGUCCCAGUCUGCUGGGAUUAGUGAGAAAGCCCAGGGUGUAGGAAGGCCCUUUUUACGUACUCUUUUCUCAGGAGAGCUCACUAUUUUAACAAUAAACAAUAAAUGUUGUUUCUAAUUUU